GAGCUCGCAAACGGAAACUCGCGUUCAUUCCAAGCUCCGGCGGGCUGGUCCGGUCGGUUUUGGGGAAGAACAGGCUGCACCGUCGAUGGAUCAGGUCACUGGUCAUGUGCCACGGCUGAUUGUGGUACCGGAGAAAUGGAAUGCCAUGAUGCUGGAGCAACCCCGCCGGCCACCUUGGCGGAGUUCACACUGGGAUCAGGUUCCACACAGGACUUUUACGAUGUCAGCCUCGUCGACGGGUAUAAUUUACAGAUGAUCGUGGAGGUGAACGGUGGGUCGGGUAACUGUGUGACGACGGGAUGCGUGGAUGAUUUGAACCGGUGGUGCCCGACUGAGCUGCGGGUGGACGGUGGCGGAGGGUGUCGAAGUGCAUGUGAUGCGUUUGGGUCGCCGGAAUAUUGUUGUAAGGGGGCGUUUGGGACUCCGGAGACGUGUCGGCCGACGGCAUACGCGCAGGUGUUUAAGGCGACGUGUCCGAGAUCAUACAGUUACGCAUACGAUGAUGCCACGAGUACGUUCACGUGUGCAGGGGCCGAUUACAUCAUCACAUUUUGUCCCUCAAUCCUAAGUAACAAAAAUGCAAAAGGAUUAACGAAGUCUACAGACGGGAGAGUGUCGGGCACGUUAGACGGAUUGUUCUCGAAUAGUUCAUUAUAUGCCGAUCUCGCAGUAGGACGUUCGAAUGUCGUUAGCCGUCCUUGUAUAAAACUUGAGUUGGUCAAAACUUUGAUUAACAACGUCAAAGACCUUCCAGUCUAG